UCGGCGUGUCCGGGAAGAUGGCGGCGCCCAGGAGCGUGGAAGGUGCGGGCCGGGGCGGCUCUCGGGGCCGCGUGGCCCGCCUGAAGCGGAAAGGCGGGCGAGGGUCUCGCCGCGGUCCUGGGGCCGGCGGGGAAGGGGCCCUCAAACGGCUCAAACUAGCGGUGGAGGAGUUCGUACAGACGACUUCCGAGGGCGAGGCUCCCGGCGGCUUCAAGGGCCGCGGAGCCGGCGUGGGCUCCCGCCCCAACGGCAAGAAAAGCCGCAAGGAGCUGAGAAAGGAGAAACGGCACUUGAGGAAAGCCCGCCGCCUGCAGAGGACGGCGGGCAGCACCCAGAGCCCCGGAGUCCCCCGAUCACGAGAGGAGGAGCGCAGCGCCCGCCGUCCCGCCCCUAAGGACCCCUCGCCACCCGGGCAGCCGCCGCCGCCCAAGGCCAAGAACCCCCGACCCCCGGCCAAGUCUCCCUCUGCGCACACCGGGCCCUCAGCGGCCGCCAACGCCGCUGCCCGCAGACGGGCGCUUCUCGCGGCCAACGAGGAGGAGGACCGAGAGAUCCGGAAGCUGGCGCGCUGCCUCGGCUUGAACAAGCGGAAGAGGAAAGGCGACGGCAGCUCCGUGCCGCUUAGCUUCGCACGCGAUGGGCUGGACUACAUUCUGGGAGCCCUGGAGUCUGGGAAAAGCAGCGGCUUGUACGAAAGCAGUGAGGAGGGGGAGGACGCCGCGGAGACGCCCCCCGAGAGUGAUCUGGAGAGCGACUCCGAGGAGGGAAGUGAGGACGACGUAGAGGAGGCGGAGAAAGCUCAGGAGGCGGCUGAGGCAUCGCCGAGCGAGCUCGAGGGUGCGCAGCAGGAAGAGGGAGCAGCAGACAGGGAGGCGAGAAGGGGGAGAAAGAGGGUCCGCUUCGCCGAAGACGAAGGCGCGAGUGACAGCUCUUCAGAGGAUGGAGACGCGGAGGAUCAGCAGAGUCUUUAUGAAAGUGCUGAGAAGUACGCCCCACCUCACGCGAGGCGAGCUGAGGAGACAGUGGCUGUCCAGAAGAAGGAGGAGCUAGACAGGCUGAAGAAACAGGUGAAGGGUCUGAUUAACAGGUUGAGUGAACCAAACAUGGCAUCCAUAAGUGGACAGCUGGAGGAGCUAUACAUGGCCCACAGCAGAAAGGACAUGAAUGACACCCUGACUGCCGCCCUCAUGGGCGCCUGUGUCACCGCCGCAGCUAUGCCCAGCAGACUGAUGAUGGAGCACGUCCUCUUGGUCAGCAUUCUUCACCACACUGUCGGAAUCGAGGUCGGUGCUCACUUUCUGGAGGCUGUGGUGAGGAAGUUCGAUGAUGUGUAUAAAAAUGGAAGUGAAGGGAAAGAAUGUGAUAACCUCUUUACCAUUAUUGCCCAUUUGUACAACUUCCACGUGGUGCAGUCUCUGCUCAUCUUUGACAUUUUGAAAAAACUAGUUGGAACUUUCACAGAAAAAGAUAUUGAACUGAUCCUCUUAAUGCUGAAAAACGUGGGCUUUUCAUUGAGAAAGGAUGAUGCUUUGUCACUGAAGGAGCUGAUCACUGAAGCGCAGACCAAAGCCAGCGGAGCAGGCGGCAAGUUCCAGGACCAGACCAGGGUUCGGUUUAUGCUAGAAACCAUGUUGGCGCUGAAGAACAAUGACAUGCGUAAAAUUCCAGGCUAUGAUCCCGAGCCAGUGGAGAAACUGAGGAAACUGCAGAGAGCUCUGGUCCGCAGCGCUGGCUCGGGUACAGAGACUCAGCUUCGCAUAUCCUGGGACAGUGUCUUGAAUGCCGAGCAGACAGGUCGCUGGUGGAUUGUGGGGUCUGCGUGGAGCGGGGCCCCAAUGAUUAACAGCAGUCGUCAUUCACAGCCACAGAAGGAGCUUCCUGGGACGAUUAGUUCAAAGAUACUAGAACUUGCCCGAAAACAGAGGAUGAACACUGACAUCAGGAGAAACAUAUUCUGUACAAUAAUGACCAGUGAGGAUUUUUUGGAUGCUUUUGAAAAGCUUCUAAAGCUUGGACUGAAGGAUCAGCAGGAAAGAGAAAUAGUCCAUGUUCUUUUGGAUUGCUGCCUUCAAGAAAAAACUUAUAAUCCCUUCUAUGCAUUCUUGGCCAGCAAAUUCUGUGAAUAUGAAAGAAGAUUUCAGAUGACUUUCCAGUUCAGCAUUUGGGACAAAUUUCGGGACUUAGAAAAUCUGCCAGCCAUUAAUUUCUCCAAUUUGGUUCACCUGGUGGCCCACUUGUUGAAGACAAAAUCGCUCCCACUUUCCAUUUUAAAGGUGGUUGAAUUCAGUGAAUUGGACAAACCCAGAGUUCACUUUUUGAGAAAAGUGUUGAAUAUUCUGUUAAUGGAAACAGAAGCUGAAGACCUUGGCUUAAUUUUUGCAAGGGUAUCUGACAACCCAAAGCUGGGGAUGUUGCGAGAAGGCUUGAAGCUUUUCAUCAGCCACUUCUUACUGAAGAAUGCACAGGCCCACACAAGUGCUGAGGAAGCUAACCUGCUGCGAGAGCGAGCUGAUCUUGCAACCAAGUCUCUGCAGGGAAAAGCUUCCCUGCGAAUGUAGCAGAGGGAAGGCAUGGAGGGUCUGUGUUGACUGUGAGGUGUCCUUUGUGAACCCAGAGAGCUUCAUGCGUUACAUCGUGUCUGCUGUAUGUUACUUAUUUAUUUUCAUUUUGUUUGAAAGACGGAGACAGAUCUUCCAUCCUCUGGUUCACUUCUCAAAUGCCUGCAACAGCCAGGGCUGGGCCAGGCCAAAGCCAUCAACCCAGAACUCAAUUCGAGUCUCUUACGGGGAUGUCAGGGACCCCAGAACUCACUUUGGGUCUCCCAUGUGGGUGUCAGGGACCCAAGCACUUGAGCCAUCAUCUGCUGCCUCCCCGGAUGUGCACUUGCUGGACUCCAGUGUGGGAGGCAGGCAUCCCAAGUCGGGACUUCACCACUGGACCAGAUACCUGGCCUAUACAUUUACAAGGCACAUAUCUUGAGACAGUUUUUUAAUCCAAGGUUAUGUUGUGCUUGUGUUUUCAAAUAAUUGUAUAUUUGUGUUAUAUACACACACAUAUGUGCGGUGGGAGAUGAAGGAAGGAGGGAGCGGCAGGCAUAGUGGAUAGAGUAUUCUGUAAGCAGUGAGGCUGGGAUAUAUUGCUGGAUUUUGUAAAAUAGGUGAAAUAGGCCACCAGAGAGUGCAGUCAUAUAAAUUGAAGUUUUUAUAUUUUGUAUUAAUCAGAAGUUCAGAAACCAUGAAUUAAAUGUGAUACAUGGUAUUUGAUUAUUUUUUUAAAGAUGUAUUUAUUUAUUUAUUUGAAAGUCAGAGUUACACAGAAAGAGGAGAGGCAGAGAGAGAGGUCUUCCAUCUGCUGGUUCACUCCCCAAUUAGCCGCAAUGGCUGGUGCUGCACCAAUCUAAAGCCAGGAGCCAGGAGCUUCUUCCAGGUCUCCCAUGCGAGAGCAGGGGCCCAAGGACUUGGGCCAUCCUCUACUGCUUUGUGAGGCCAUAGCAGAGAGCUGGAUUGGAAGUGGAUCAAGCCGGGUUUUGAACUGGCGCCCAUAUGAGAUGCCAGUGCUUCAGGCCAGGGUAUUAACCCACUAUGCCACAGCGCCGGCCCCAGUCUUUAUAAUUUUUAUGUAUCACAUCUACUCAUCAAUUCCACGUUGUACAUGUAGUUUCUUACACAACUCUGAAGUCAUCAAAUAGAUUGGCCAUUUAAGUGGGUGCUGCUCCUUUCUCUCUCUCUCUCAUCUGUCAAAUAAAUUAAAAAAUAAAAUAAAAUAGAUGGGUGCUGCUUAUCUGCUGGUUUUUUUGUUUUACACAUGAAGAAGACAUAAUUACUGCCUGCAAGAAAUUAGCAUUUAGUGAGAGACAAACACAGAUGCACUUACUAACUAUGGAAAACUGAUUCUGUGAGGAAGUAGAGAUGUCUGGAUGGAUACCCAGCAUCUACCACAGAUACACAAGUGUUUGUUGUUUUCUCAGGUAAGAGUUAGCUUCUGCCUCUCAAAUGCCAUAGACUUCAUUAAAAUCUUACCUUCACUUGUUGAAAAAAAAUGCCUAAGAUGUGAGUGUAGAAUAGUGUUUUAGAAGUUGUGUGGGGGCCGGCGCUGCGGCUCACUAGGCUAAUCCUCCGCCUAGCGGCGCCGGCACACCGGGUUCUAGUCCCGGUCGGGGCGCCGGAUUCUGUCCCGGUUGCCCCUCUUCCAGGCCAGCUCUCUGCUGUGGCCCAGGAGUGCAGUGGAGGAUGGCCCAAGUGCCUGGGCCCUGUACCCCAUGGGAGACCAGGAGAAGCACCUGACUCCGUACCGGCCGUGGCGGCCAUUGGAGGGUGAACCAACGGCAAAGGAAGACCUUUCUCUCUCUCUCUCUCACUGUCCACUCUGCCUGUCAAAAAAAAAAAAAAAAAAAAAAGAAGAAGUUGUGUGUCAGAAACCCGUGCACCCUUCUGAGCACCGUCCAGAGCUGUCUCCUGGGACAGAUGGUCUUGGGCUUUGAUAACGUGGCUCCCUGUGCCAAACAUCCGUUUUGUCACAUUUCCAAAUAGUUCCUUGAUGUGGCACCAUCGCAGUUUGUGUUUAGAAAUCACAGUGUGAAGUCCUUAGUAUGUGUCCUUGAAUUAAUGCAAUACACUUUGAAAUGGGCAAGCAACUUAGAAAUAAUUGUUAGUGCUAAGAAUAACCGCAAAAAUAACAACUAAUGGCUUUCACAUGCUUGUUAACCAUAUAUUCAGAAACACCUCAUUUGACCUAACAUCAAAUUAAACCCAGUGGGUCUGAAUGAAAAGUGAAAUCUUCACUUCAUUGAGGGGCUUUUUAACAAAAAAGGUUUUUGCUGGAUGGUUAUUGAGCUGUGCAGAUCAGUUCUCAAAUACAUGUAACAGCAGGAUACACAAACAGCAAACCUUGUUUGAGGUACAGAUGAGUUCACACUCACUUUUCUGCAAAAGAUACACUCUAUAGCUAUAAACAGUCUCAUUUUUCUUAUAUUGCCCUUUAUUAAAAUAAAAGGAUGGAUGUUUGGCAUAACUGUUAAGAUGCCACUUAGAAUACCCGCAUCCCGUGUCAUUGGCUGGGUUCCAGUCCCGGCUCCAGCCUUCUGCUAAUGCAGACCGUGGGAGACAGCAGUGGUGGCUCGGGUAGAGUUCCUGCCACCGCUAUGGGACACAGGGACUGAGGGGUUCCUGGCUACCGGCUGGCCUGGCCCAGCCCUAGCUAUUGAGGGCAUUUGGAAAGUGAACCAAUGGAUGGGAGAUCUGUCGUGUGUGUAUGCCUUUCAAAUAAAAGUUUAAAACAAAAAUGUUUGUGCCACAGAAAAUAGUUGUAACUUAAUUCAUUACCUGUGUUUUAAUUCAUUACAUGGCAAGUUGCUAAUAAGUCUGUAGUUUAAAAACUAUUGAGAGGAUCCUCUCUCUCUCUGUCUCUACCUCUCUGUGUAACUAUCUUCCAAAUAAAUAAAAUAAGUCUUUAAAAAAAUAAAAAAAACUAUUGAGAGGGAAAGGGGAGAGAGCUCCAUUUGCUUUCUCACUCCCCGAAUACAACUAGGACUGGGGCCAGGCUGAAGCCAGGAACCAGGAAGGCUUCCCUUGGUAUUCCCAAGGGUGUUAGGGACCCAUGCACUGGGUUGGUACUGCUGCCACCCAGGGAUGGCAUUGGCAGGAAGUUGGAGUCAGCUGGGAAUCAAACCCAGGCCUCUCAGCGUGGGAUGCGGGUGUCUUCGCCACUAGGCUGAGCACCUGCUUCAGUGUGUAGUUUUUAACAAAAUAUGAGUUACCACCUGAUGGUAGUACUUUAGUAUAAAUGAUAAAUACAUCCUGACCAAAAAGUGGGACUCCUUAUUGCUUUUAAAUAUAUAGAUUUAAAUAUAUAUAUAUGUAGGUUUUUAAAAUUGGUCACAAUAAUACCUACAUUUGAAAAAUAGCAAAUGCUUAGAUGAUUAAUACUUGGUGUUAUAUAUAUAUAUAUAUAUGUAUAUAUGUUUGUGGACUUGCAAUGCUAAUUGAGAUCUAAUGUAUAGAAUUGCUAAAAAGACUUUUAAGUGGUUUAGAAAACAUUCAUAAAGGUAAAAGGAACAAAGUUUUUAAAGUAUUAAAUAUGUAAAUAAAAAUUUUAAAAUUUU